UUUAGUUUGAUAAGAAUUUCGAAUUCGUUGUGUAUGUUAAAAUGUUAGGAUAGUUUUAUUGCGUAAACUAAAAUACAAACCACUUCUAAACGCAAAACCAUAACCUUUUCUCGCAAUGAGUAAGAACAAUGUUAUACAAAUAAACAGCUACAAAAAUGGUGAAAAUGGAUCUGGUUCUGGAGGAGCUCAAUCACAGCGAAAAAACUCUACAACUGAUAACACGGAACCACCGGAAAUGAGAAUAUUAUGCUUCGAAUUGACUCACUAUAAUAAAACUACGCAAUUUCUGCUAAGUUGUGCCGGUGUAUUUGUUUUGUAUUUAUUGUAUGGCUAUUUGCAAGAAUUAAUAUUUACCGAAGAAGGCUUCAAGUCCUAUGGCUGGUUCUUGACACUCAUACAAUUCGGUUACUAUAUAUGUUUUGGUUUGGUGGAACGUAAUUUAGAGGCUAAACGUAGUGGAGUACCAGCACUGCAAAGGAAUAUACCAAUGAAUACAUAUGUUAUACUGGCAGCAUUAACUUUAGGCACUAUGGGUCUGUCGAAUUCAAGUUUGGGUUAUUUGAAUUAUCCCACUCAAGUGAUAUUCAAAUGUUGCAAACUGAUUCCUGUAAUGGUGGGUAGUAUACUUAUACAAGGAAAACGUUAUGGUCCUCUGGAUUUUGCUGCUGCUAUGGCGAUGUGCGUGGGUUUGGCAUGGUUUACUUUGGCCGAUUCACAAAUAUCACCUAAUUUUAAUGCUAUGGGAGUGGCGAUGAUAUCUGGUGCUUUGCUAUGUGAUGCUGCCAUUGGUAAUGUUCAGGAAAAAGCCAUGCGUGAUCAUCGUGCACCAAGCAGUGAAGUGGUUUUGUUCUCUUAUGGUCUGGGUUUUGUUUAUCUGUUUGUCAUAAUGAUGGUUACGGGAAAUUUCUUUAACGGGUUUGCAUUUUGUUUGGAGCAUCCCCGCGAAUCUUUUGGCUAUGGAUUUUUCUUUAGUCUUUCAGGCUAUCUGGGCAUACAUUUUGUUUUGGCUUUGGUUAAAAGUAGUGGAGCUCCUGUAGCAGCCACAGUGACUACAGCACGUAAAGCCGUAACCAUAGCAAUUUCAUUUGUGUUCUUUAGCAAACCAUUUACCAUACAAUAUCUAUGGUCCGGUUUGGUGGUAGUUUUUGGCAUAUAUCUUAAUGUUUAUAGUAAAAAACAUAAAUUAACAUUUAAGGAUAUGCAGCAUAAAGUUAAACAGUCUAUUUAUAGACUGGGUGGCUCGACUACUUCACGAAAAUUUUUAGUAGAAGUUUAAUUUGUGAAAUUGUAUUAACAAAUCUUUACAUACCAAAAUUGUGUAGCAAAACCUUAGUUAAGUAGUCUUUUUACUUUUAGUUUUAUUUAAUUAAGGACACACAUUUAUUUUAAAUUUAAAAUGAAAACACUUAAGUGUUCCUAUUCUUAACCUAUCUAUAUAUAUAUAUGAUGCUAUAAAUAAAAUGAAAGUUAAAAAAGUUUUGGUGUUAAUUUUGUUGUGGAUUAUCGAUCAAUUUUAAUUUAUUUCAAAUUCUAAUACACGUUUUAUCAUAUCUUGUCUUUCUUUGGCUGAUUCGAUUUGUCCCACCAUACUAUCUAAGAAUUUCUGUUGAUGUUUUAUAAUAAAUUUAUUGCACUGCAUUAUUGUGGCUCCCGUGUAUAUGGUACGAAAUU